AAAUACCCCUGAACGCCGGGGACACGGGACAGCCCGUCCCCGUCGUGCUCCAUUCCAAAUUCGCCGCUCCGCCACUCUCCUGGCCGCCCUGCUGCCGUCGCCGCCGGCCGGAUACUAGCGAGCACCUUCCCACUCUCGCGGCGCCAGCCGGCCAGCCACUUGGAGAGCGAUCGUCUCGAGGCCCGGGCGGUUCGAUGGGGAGGGCGCCGUGCUGCGAGAAGGAGGGGCUGCGGCGGGGCGCGUGGAGCCCCGAGGAGGACCAGCGCCUGGUGGCCUACAUCCAGCAGAACGGCCACCCCAACUGGCGCGCGCUGCCCCGGCAGGCCGGCCUCCUCCGCUGCGGGAAGAGCUGCCGCCUCCGCUGGAUCAACUACCUCCGCCCGGACAUCAAGCGCGGCAACUUCUCCGCCGACGAGGAGGCCCUCAUCGUCCGCCUCCACCGCGAGCUCGGCAACAGGUGGUCAGCGAUCGCGGCGCAGCUGCCGGGGCGCACCGACAACGAGAUCAAGAACGUGUGGCACACCCACAUCAAGAAGCGCCUGGAGGACGGCGACGACGGGGAGGACAAGAAGAAGGCGGCGCGCAAAAGCAAGCCCGCCGCUGCCGCCAAGAGAUCAUCCGCCGCCAAGAAGACCGCCGACGCCAACGCCGUGGACAACAACAGCGAGCAGCAGCAGCCGUUCCUGACAGCGUCGCCGGGGCUGUCGAGCAGCGUGAGCAGCGGCGUGACGACGUUCUCCACGGCCACGGACUCCGCGGCGGCCGUGUCGUCGGCCGACAACGCGGCCACCACCAGCCACCAGCAAGAGCAAGAGCAAGAGCAGGAGCAGGAGCAGCUCGGCGCCAGCAAGGCGGAGAUGGACAUGGAGAUGGAGAGCUUCAUCAGCUCCGCCGAGUUCCCGCCCAUCGACGACACCUUCUGGUCGUCGGCGGACGUGAUGGACAUGGGCCUCGGCGCCAUGGACGAGGAGCUGGGCCUCGCGCUCGCCGGCCCGCCGUCGUCGUCCACGAGGGACGAGGACAUGGAGUUCUGGCUCAAGAUGCUGCUGGAGGCCGGCGACAUGAGGGACUUGAGCGUCUUGUAACUAGAAAAUGCAGAAUCCAAGCUUAGGAGACGCGCCUGCUACCUGCAAGAUUAGAGCAUCGUAUUUUCUUUUUCUUUUCUUUUUUUGCCCCCUCUUGUCAUCUUGAAUUCCCCCCAUUUUCCGGUGAUGAGAAAAUGCUGGGAAUGAAACUCGGUUGGGUGAUUUCAUUUUCACCUUCCUUAGAAAAAGAAUACUAGCACCAUUUCGUUCGUUCUUUCGCUGGUGGUGUCACAAUCAGAUGCAUGCAGUUCGUGCUUAUAAAUAAAUAGUACUCCUAUAAAUA